UCUCCCGCUGUUCAACUUUCCCGCUACUUUUCUUGGUGGCUCAGGCUCAGCUUUAGGCUUUAGCCCAAUGAAAGUGGAAACAUUAUCCCUCGGAAAGUAAACAUUUUCCUGCAGAUUCUCUCGCAUUUUCCUACAGCCGGUCCCCGACCAUAUGAACUGCCGAGAGGUCGCUCUGGUCUCGACGGCCACUAUCUUCGGUGCUUUCGCCUCUGCUUUUGUUUAUCAUACAUUCUUCUCAAACCCUAGGAAACACUCCUCUCGAAUCAAUUCGUCCAAAAACGGCGACGUUUCAGAGAAACGCUCCUCUAAGGACCCUUUCGAUCCAUCCAAACGCAAAGGAUAUUUGUCAUGGGAUGAUUAUUUUAUGGCAAUUGCAUUUUUAUCUGCUGAGCGGUCCAAAGACCCAAACAGGCAGGUUGGUGCAUGCUUGGUGAGCCAAAAUGGUAUAAUACUUGGGAUUGGCUACAAUGGGUUUCCAAGAGGUUGUUCUGAUGACCAACUUCCAUGGGCAAAGCUGUCCAAAUCUGGGGAUCCACUGGAGACAAAGUAUCCGUAUGUUUGUCAUGCUGAAGUCAAUGCUAUCCUGAAUACGAAUCAUGCAACUGCGGCCGGACAGAGGCUUUAUGUGACCAUGUUUCCUUGCAAUGAAUGUGCAAAGAUAAUAAUUCAGUCAGGUGUCUCGGAAGUCGUAUAUUUUGUAGAAAAGAGACUGAAUACAGACACUGCAUAUGUUGCUUCGCACAAGCUGCUAAAAAUGGCUGGUGUUAAGGUUAGAAAGCAUCAACCACAAAUGGACCAAAUUUUACUUAAGUUCAAAGAGCCCUAGACUUAGAUUCUUGUACCAGUUUUCAUUUUGACAAAAAAGAGAAUAUCUUGUCAGCUCUGUUAUAUCUUGCAAAGUGGACUGACGAGAUGUCCAGUUGUACACUGUACCAUGUCCCCUAUUGU